AUGAUGAUUCACCUUCCUCUGUAUCACGAGCACUACGGGGUGCGCUAUGCUCCCCGCGGGCUGUCGUCGUUCUACGUGCUUUGUCUGUUGGCCGUCCUCAUCGUCCCAUUCAGCAUUGCUCUUUCCAUGCAGAACUUCUAGUUGAGGACGAACUACUUCUACGAGAUGCCAACAGUGAUCUUCACACGGCGGUGUGUGGUUCGCAUCAGCACUGUGCUCGGCAAGGAGUAUCUCUGGACCUGUUCCGACCUCUUCCAAGGGGCACUGCAGGGGACAUCGCUAAGCAUUCUACCGCACUUUUCCUCCGACGACGACAGGGACGGCGACGGAAAGACGGACUACGCGAACUUCUUGAUGAGCUUUCCCCUCGGCGUCGCGCUCGAGGUCAACUUCCUGCCUGAGUUCUCGUACUACAUCAACCAUCACCGAAUGAAGACAAAUAUGACAGCGGCACCGCUGCUGCGCUACCAACGAAUUGCCAUGCAAAAAGAACUCGGCAAUAUCACAACACCCACCUCGACAACGUACAGGUGGAGCGGGGCGCCCGUGUGCGCGCUGACCAAGGCGGACAUGCUCUUCUACACGACGCAAAGUCUCCUCAACUCCCCCUCCCUCCCUCCCCAAGUCUCUUACAGGCAUACAUAUACGUUGAGCCCUUUGCAAGGGCUCGCGCACCAGUCGGCAGACUUGUUAGGCCUACCUCACUUUGCCGGCAACUAUGCCGCGCGCAAUCAAUGUGUUGUGCUGCGUCCAUACGUCGAGGUGGGAGGUGGACUUGAUGUUCUGCGAAACGACGGGAACGUCGUGCGGGGGCUCUGGGAAGAUUUAGACGACCUCAACCCCUUCAUCUGGUACGUAAAGCUGCGCAUCCUGUUGGCGGAGGUACACUAUUGUGCCAUCCUACGCCGAGGUGUUCAAGUGUGGCUGGAUUCAGCACUUUGCUAUCGCCUACGUUAUCCAUUGGCUCCUGUGGAAGUUGCGCAUGGUACUGGUAAAGAUGGCUCUGAUAAACUCGCGAGCUCUCUUUAG